CACUUCGUUACUAUUCAGGUUCCAGAUCUAUUGUUACGUGGAUUCAUGCGUCACGCAAACAACUCCGUCAGCUUCAUGUACAGCUUGUCAGUGAGCCCAACAAUGUACAGCCUAGGUACACGCUUGAAAGAGGGGAAACCACGGUAGGAUAGCCUUGCCGGCCGGCUUCAACAAGAUUUCUCAUGGGAAGCACAUCCCCAGAUGCAGAAAAGCUUCAUUCACGAGCACUGCUCCUUUAAUCGCCAUUGAGCUCUUCCCGUGGCCGCAAGCAUUUUCCCGAUUGGUGUGCUGGAGGCACCCCACCAGCUUGCCAAGGAGGGGACCCUGCAUCUCCCCGUCACCUCGCACGUUCUACAACAGCUUCAACAGAUGCUGCAUUUUCAUGGUAUCAUGGGUAUCAAUAUGAUAUGCCUCAAAACACGGGGUCAACGAUGCCAAGUGACUCUUUUGCCAUAGAACCCUGCCUGUCUGCAUGGCAGCCAACACUGACGAUCCCAUAUGGAGCAGCAAACUGGGCACCAUGUCAAAAGCUGGCACAUGAGUGGCUCUGUUGCCAGCGGCUCAAGAGUUGCAGCCUCGAUGAUCUCAUCAUCAUCCUGCCUCAACUCUCAGGGUGUACCUUCGAGGUCCCCUACUAUAGCAGACUGACGAAUGAACACCCUCGUGUCAGAGCGAUUGGUAACGGCUACACCAUCCGCAAUGCGUUGUGGGGGAUCACAAGCCUUUCACUCUCACCCAUGGACAACGGAGAAGAAAAGGUUGCACAGUUUUAUACCCCCCCCCCAGUUGCUCACUUGCUUCUUCCCCGGGUUCUUCUGUUUUUAUCAGCAGUACCUAGCAUAUCCUUGUGUUCAACCAUUACUUCUCCAUCAUCCAUAAUGAGAGAAUACCAUGGCUUCUCUUGGUGGUAACAUUUUGCCCCUCGUUGGCUUUAACCUUCAUGCAUUCUUUACCGGCAUCACCGGCGGCCUACUUUUCCUCGCCGGUCUUAUCAAGCUUUCCCACAAGAGGGCUUCACAGAAGUCGGAUCAGAAGCGUCAGGAUGAUGAUGAGCCGGGCCUCAUCAGCGCGCUCCUCCUUUUCUGUUAUGGCUGCUUCUUCAAGCCGCAUUCCAGUAGUGGCAAAGCCAACCAGCAAGGCGCUCUCGAGUCCUUCUACGCAGGCCAGGCUUCAGCGUACGAUGUGACCAGAAAGCUACUCCUCAGAGGCCGUGAGGACAUGCUGGCCCUUGCGGCUGCUCAGCUCCUUCACAAGGCCAAAAGUGAAAGCCGAAAGGCGGGAAGCAGACGUAUCUGGGUCGAUGUUGGCGGUGGCACAGGCUGGAAUAUCGAGGCCAUGUCGCAGUUUGUCAACGUCCCUGAAUUCUUCAGCACUGUCUAUCUUGUCGACCUCUCACCGUCGCUCUGCGCAGUAGCAGAGAAGAGAUUCUCGCGCCUCGGUUGGGACAACGUCAAAAUCAUAUGCCAAGACGCUCGUAAAUUCCGGCUGGAAGACUAUGAAAACGGUCUCUCCGGUCCAGGAUCGCCAGGGUCCUCAACUCCCAAGAGCUACUUUGAUCAGAAGCGUCCCGAGCAUGGCGGUGCUGACUUGAUCACCAUGUCUUACAGUUUGUCCAUGAUUCCUGACUAUUACUCCGUCAUUGACUCAUUGACAUCCCUUCUUUCUCCGGAUGGACUUCUCGGGGUUGUCGACUUUUACGUUCAGUCCAAAGCUGACUUUACUUACCGCAACUGGACGGGUGGUAUGAUCGGCCGUCACGUCAACUACCUCUCACGAACCUUUUGGAGGGCCUGGUUCGAUCUCGACCGUGUUGCUCUCGAGCCCGCCCGCCGAGACUACCUCGAGUACAAAUUCGGCACCGUUCUCACGGCCAACUUGCGCAACACCGCUCUCGGGUCCAUCCCCUAUUACAUCUGGCUAGGCUGUCACAAGAAGCCCUUUUCCUCAUCCAGCCUCCCCGAGGAGAUCAUCCAGCGAAUCGACGCCCUAGCCACCGAGUCCCCCUACCUGCUCCCAUCCGACUCCCACAGCAGCAAAAAGCAGCAAAACGUCAUCACCGCCAAACUCACCCGCGCGAUAGAGCGCACAGCCCCCGAAAUCCGCUCCAAAGCCUUCGACGCCGCCAUCCAAAACCUCUCCGCCAACCUCCCCUUGCCCUCCUUCUUUUACCAAAACCACCACUGGCGCAUCUACUACGACGACCAGCUCCCAAAACACACCCAGUUCAACAACGAGUACAUCUACGCCUUCACCUGGGAAGACUCCCGCGUCGACCGCGAGAUCCUCAAGCUCGGCCGCGACGACGUCGUGCUCGCCAUCACCAGCGCGGGCGACAACAUCCUCUCGUACGCGUUGCAGUCCCCGGCCCGCAUCCACGCCAUCGACCUGAACCCCAGCCAGAACCACCUCCUCGAGCUGAAAGCAGCCUCCUUCACCGCUUUGUCUCAUGCCGACUUCUGGAAGAUUUUCGGCGAGGGCAAACACGAAAAUUUCCGCGCGCUUCUCAUCACAAGAUUGUCCCCCCACCUCUCCAGCCGGGCGUUCCAGUACUGGCUCGACAACUCUUUUAUUUUCACCAACCCCACGUCCAGGGGGUUAUACGACACCGGCGGCUCCCGCCACGCCAUCCGCGCAUUUAGAUACACCUCCCGUCUCUUUCGCUGCCGUUCAGCCGUCACCUCCCUCCUAAACAGCAAAACCCUCAUCGAACAACGCGAGAUCUGGCACAGCAAAAUCCGGCCUGCACUGCUCAGUCCCCUGGUGAGCAACCUCCUCGUCAGCACGGAAGCCUUCCUCUGGAAAGCCCUCGGCGUGCCAAAGAACCAGCUCGCCAUGAUCGAGGCCGAUCACGGCAGCAGCCGGGCCGUGAAGGUUGGCCUGGCCAAGAGCACGAGGGCGCACGCGAUAUGGCAUUACAUGGUCAACACGCUUGACCCUGUAGUUGAAAAGACGCACAUUGCGGUUGAUAACCCUUACUACCUCGUCUGCAUGACGGGGGGGUUCACAAAGAAGUGUCAUCCUGAUUAUCUAUCCCGCGCUGCGCACAAGAAACUUUCCCAGCCUGGGGCGUUUGAGGGGUUAAGGAUACACACUGAUGAGAUUGACGAGGUGAUUGCGAGAAUGGCGCCUGGGACGGUGACGGUAGCGGUGUUGAUGGAUAGCAUGGAUUGGUUCGACCCGGACACAGACGCGGCGGGGAGGCAGAUUGAAAAGGUUAACAGGGCCUUGAAGACGGGUGGGAGGGUCCUGGUGAGGAGCUCGGCUUUGCGGCCGUGGUAUAUCAAGGAGUUUGAAAAGAGGGGGUUUGUGGGCGAGAGGGUGGGGAAUAGGGGGGUGGGAGAGUGUAUUGACCGGGUGAAUAUGUAUGCCAGCUGCUGGGUUUGUACCAAGGUGGAUAACCUGCCGCCGCCGACGCCGGGGGGGAGCGAGGGGGAGCAGAGGACUGGCGGAGAGGAGGUGGAUGUUUGGAGCUUGUGA